UGAUGUGAACCUGAGGCUGAAGUCCAGCUGUGACUGGGCAGGAGACACUGUGCGAAAAGGACCUGCAAUUCAGUGAACUCUGACUCUGAACUGAGCAGUCGAAAGCCUUAUUUGCACUCUGGGGCUUUUUGUUCUGUCAGAGUAGACUUCUUAUUGAAGCACAAGAAAGUGAGGGAUGACGUGUUUGAGAUGCUGGCCGACAGCAGUAGCCCUGCUGCUGCUUAGUGUGGCCAGAGUUAACAUGGAGCAUCUCCAAGCUGAGAACCUGAAUCUGCUUCCCCCUGAUGAGCAUAACUUGGUCCUGAACCGUGGAAUGAGAGUGCUGCCCAGGGACUGUCAUGAAAUGCUGAUGACCUCUUCAGGCCAGGCCAGAGAUGGGGUGUAUCUGAUCCAACCAGGUGACUCCCCCAUUGUGGCCUUCUGCUCCAUGCAGGAGGGAGGAUGGACCGUCGUGCAGCACAUCACUGUCAACAGCACCGUGAAUUUCGAUUGCACCUGGGCUGAGUACAAGCACGGCUUUGGGGCUGUCACUGGGGAUCAUUGGCUUGGGAAUGAAUACCUUCAUCACCUCACCCAUGGUCCUGGGCGCUAUAAGCUAGGAGUAAAAUUAGUGGGACCAGACGCCAUCACCAAGACGGGGGAGUAUGACCCCUUUCUAGUGGAAGAUGAAGCAUCAGCAUACAGGCUGAGGCUGGGGUUGUUCCAGGGCACAGCUGUAGACGCUCUGACCCUGGACACAGAGAACUACCUGCAUGACAACCAGAAAUUUACCACUAAAGACAGGGACAAUGACAACUACUUCCAAAACUGUGCCAAGCUGGAGUUUCAGGGGGUGCCUGGAGGAGGUUGGUGGUACGAUGCCUGUGCUGGUGCCAAUCUAAAUCGCAGGAAUGUCAUCUACUGGCAAAAGGACUGCAACAAGGAGCGACUAUGCAAGUAUGCAUGGAUGAUGGUGAGGCCUUCAGACACAGUUAAACUGAUUGCCAGCAGAGACUGCAAGAGGGAUGAGCUAUAAGGACACAAUUUUUUACAUUUGUGGUACUAGGUUUGGCGAAUGAUAAGGGUUGAGGUUUUUUGGGGGAAUUUUGUUUAAGGCUUAAGGGUUUCUUUCUGGACACUGAAUUCACCACAUUUUAUUCAGAAAUACAUGGACAUGAUCACAAAAUACUGAAAAGAACAACAAAAAAAAUU